AUGCUAACGCCUUCUAAGGUUGCCGGGGUGCAGUUCACUUAUAUUGUAUCUUGAACACACUUCACCGAUCAUAUUUGAAGUACCAACCUCUGAGGGGGGGGGGACCGCUGGGAGUCCGCGGACUCGACCACAAUAUACGUCGGUGGGAAAUUGCUUCUCGUAGCUCAAAGCCUUGGACUUUGUUUGGAAGUUUUGUUUUCUUUUCUCAAUACGAAACGCAUUCACAAAAACACGAAGAUGAAGCGGAUGUCUGAUAAGAACUACUGAUAACGUGGAGCCUUGAAACGUUCAAGCAUGAAACUGAAAGCAACUGAAAUUAUGUCGUAAAAGAGAAAAAGGUGGACUUUGACAAGAUGGCAGGAUUCCAAAGACCUCAUGUUCUCUCACAAAACUCAACGAGAAUAAUCCCUGGAUAUUGUAUGAUUGACCUGAUUAAUCCAGAUGAUUAUUCGAAAUUCAAGACUGUCAGCAUUAUCUAUUGUGUUUCUUCUUUAUUAAGCAUGCUCGGCGCAGGCUCAGUAAUAGCCUUCUCUCUAUCUAGACGAGUGGUUAAAAGUCCGGAGGUGCGGCCGUUAUUUCACCUUGCCCUUGCUGAUUUCUUGUUGGCUCUUACUUGGUUAUCUGGGGCUGCUCUUUGGCUUAGUUCUCCUGACAAAGAGAAAAUCUUCAGGCCAUGCUUCCUGAUAGAUGCUAUUUCUGAGAUUUUUCAUAUAGCCACAUUUUUGCUGACAGUCAAUUAUGCACUCAAUGUCUUUAUCCGACUAAAGGAGAGGACUUAUGGAAUACAGAAUUUAUACUUCACCACGGUCUCAACUAAUAGUUUCUAUUCCUGGUUGUUUGCCAUACUCUAUGCCAUUUGCUGGUCUAUACCAGUGUUGUUGAUGGUCCCUCUGAUAACCAAGAUGCAUAUAAUGGCUCAUAAGAACAAAGUGCAUUGUUCUAGAUGUCUCCUCUUGUUUGAUCGACCAAGAGCCUCCAGUUUUGCUGGAGAGAAGCAGCUCUGGCAAGUGUAUGGCUCUGUGAUGCUCGCAUCAACUCUUGGUAUCUCCAUCCUUGCUUUAUUGGUAAUGUAUUUCCUGGCAGAACGUCUUUAUCGAAAAGCUGUGUUGCGAUCAGGAAUCCUGACCGACAGGCAAAGGGCGGGUAUUGAUGACAUGAGACAAAGAAUCUUUCUCUACAUUAUGGUGUUCCUAGUGUGCUGGUCACCAGCACUGAUAGUGGCAGCAACUGAUCUGGACCGAGACAUGAAGGAGGACAACACGAAUAUCCUACUGAGGAAAUACUUCCCAUUGUUUGUUAUCCAGGGCUUGACAGCGCCUAUGCAGGGCUUUCUAAACUCUAUAGUCUACGGCUGGACAAGGCGGAGCUUCCGAGAGGCAGCCAAUCAGAGCCUUUUAGAAGAGUCUUUUUCGGCCUCUUACGGGUCCCUUGGCCUCUAACAAUUCCAGAACAAAGUCCACUCCCACGGAUGAAGGAAAUUCCUGGGGUGUUGGAGGAGGGUGGUGGGCGUAGUCAACCCACAUAAGAGAAAGUGGACGUCCGCGUUGGUCAGUUUCGAAAGUGCUCCGACUAACGCGGACGGCUGCAAAGGAAACUGAAGGGGGCGUAGUCUAUUUUGAAUUCACUUUGCAUUUUUCACGUUGGUAAGCCAUUGUGCCUAGCGUGACGAGCCCAUGACGGCCAUGAGAAAAGGUAAAUGGAACGUGGAUUAUUUCUGAAAUUCCACAACGAAUAUCAUACCUAAAUUAUUAUUUAAAUUAUGCUUAAUAUAUAUAUUUUAUGUUUCACGCUUUUAAAUCCCUUCUGAAGGGUUUCUAUAUUUUUUAUUUGCUAUUAUUUAAAUUUCGAUGUCAAAAUAACGUAACAGGGGAGUUUACUGUAAAUACUGUAAUUAAUGUAUUAUUUUAUAUUUUAUUUUUUUAUAUUCUAUUAUAAUUAUAUUAUUUGUUAAACAAAUAUGUCCUUCUUGAAA